CCAAAGGUGGUGGUGUUUUCGGGAGGGACGGCGAUGAACGUGAUCGCGGUGGAGCUGAGCGAGUUGACGCAAAAGGUGACGCACGUGAUACCCGUGAGCGAUAACGGUGGGUCCACGAGCGAGAUCGUGCGCGUGUUGGGUGGGCCCGCGGUGGGUGAUCUGCGAUCGCGGUGUCUGAGGGUGACGGAUGAGUCCACGCCCGAGGCGGUGGCGGUCAAGGCGCUGCUCGGGCACCGUCUGCAUCCGACGGAUAGCGCGCUCGCUCGAGACGAGUGGUACAAGAUUCAAGAGGGCGAUCACGAGCUGUGGGAAGGCAUCGGACAGGACUACGCGAACAUCAUUCGCCGGUUCUUGGUGCACUUUCAUCAAGAAGUGACGUCCAAGCCGAUCAAGGAGAGGUUUGAUUUCGUCAACGGGUCAAUCGGAAACUUCUUCUUCGCCGGCGCGCGACUAUUCUUUCGCUCGAUGGAUGCGGCCAUUUUCUUGUACUCUCGCGUCAGUCGCAUUCCAGACGACACGCACAUCGUGCCGUGCCUUUUGCACAAGGAAAACGAGCGCGUAAAUCUCGCGGCUGAGCUCAUGAACGGGACGAUUCUCCGCGGGCAGAAUGAAAUUUCACACCCGUCCAUCGACAGCAAAAAUGUUUGGGACGUCGAUAAAGUCGUCACCGCGUAUGAUCCGUUGGAGUCGCCCAUCAAGCGCGUCUUUUACGCCUCGAGUCUCGAUCCGGCGGACGACAACUUUGAGGUGCAGCCAAAACCGAACCCCACGGUGCUGGAAAACAUCACGGAUUGCGACGCCAUCUUGUACGGUAUGGGCUCGCUCUAUACCUCAAUCAUCCCCAACGUCGGCCUGAAAGGCAUGGCGCAAUGCAUCGCGAGCUCCACAUCCAAAAAACUUCUCAUGCUCAACGGUUCGCUCGAUCGCGAGACUGGCACGAUGACAGCCAGCGAAAUCGUUCGCGCCGUCGUCGAUGCCGUCAACAUGCGUUACACCGCCGCUGAAACCAACUUUGACGUCAAAGAACUGAUCACCGACGUCGUAUACCCCAAGAACGGAGGCAUCACCGUCGACGUCGACGCGCUCGCCGCGAUGGGCGUC